GUGGUGUCAAGGGUUGCUUGAUAAUUUAGUAGGUUUUAUAGUUGAUUAAAUUAUUGUGAAGCUGAGAUGAGUGCGUCGAAACAACGAGGAAAAAAUUGGAGUAUAGCGGAGGAUGAGGCACUGUGCACUGCAUGGUUAAAUAUAUCGCAAGAUGCAAGCAUCGGAACGAACCAGCGUAUCGAAACGAUGUAUGAUCGGGUAUAUGAUUUGUUCAUAGAGAUUUGCACGGAACGGCAAGUGUUGGCAAAUCCGGAACUGCGUGCCGCUAGUGGCAUCAAAGCCAGGUGGCAUCACAUAAGCAAAAUAGUCAGCAAGUUUGCUGGUUACCAUGCUCAAAUUGAGUCUCGCUGCCAAAGUGGUGCCUCACCGGAAGAUAUUUUAAAACAGGCGGUCACUUUAUUUGCAGCUUCGGAAAACGCCUCGUUUUCCCUGAUGCACUGUUAUAUUAUUCUUCAAAGUGCUCCGAAGUGGCAGCAGUACAACAAAGUAAAGGCUCAACCAAAACGAAAAUCGUAUGCAGAUGAAAACGUUGAAAACAUCAUGCAGGAAGUAAUCAUGCCAGAUGAUAUGCCUUCGACCUCCAAACGACCUAUGGGACAAAAGGCUAGUAAAUCCCUUAAGAAGCACCAUGGAUUCGCUGCAACUAAUGCUGGACUGGAAAUGGCGAAGGCUGGCACUCAGUUGGCGUAUGCAGCAAAAAAAAGGUUAGCUUACAGCCAACAGAAAGCUGUGGCCUUGAGCAGAUUGGCUAAGCAUUCGAUUAUGUCGAUGGAUUUGAACGGCUUGAAUACGACCGCUAAAGAAUAUUAUAUGUUGGAGCAAUCAAGAAUAUUGAAAGAGACCAGAGAGUUGGCCGAAAUAGAACCGGGUUCAGAACCAGAGCCUGAAGACGAUGAUCUGCCUAACGACGAUGCUUCGAUUGAAGAGAAUGCAGCGGACUAUGAUCCAGAUAGGAUUGUCGAGUAUUUGGAUGAAAGCUAUUCGGAAGAGAAUGUUUAG